UCUAUUACUCAGUCAGUGUUUAGUUUGAGGCAUCUCUCUUCAGGUAGACUAGACAAUUCAUUGACAACGUGAAAUACAGUUCAACUUUGAUCUAUUUUGGUGGUUUCUUUGCUUUCAAUUGUGAACGUUAUUGGUUUAUUCUGCAAAAUGAACAAAGUAAUUCGCAUCAUUGUUUCAUUGACGUGUGUCCUGACAUUAGUACAAAGAACGUCAUCUGAUGUCAUGAUGUCCUCCAUGAAGAUAGAACGCAUGGUCGAGAAUGAGGAGAGUCUGUUGCAACAACUCAAAACUUUUAUCGAUGAUCAGCUGGACAGGAUCAAAGUCAUGACACAAUUCUUCGCAGAUCGUUGGCUUGAGAUACACAUGGACAAUUCAACAACACAAGCUGAACUGGACCAUCCCAAUGCUAUUUUUCUUGUUAUUAAACAUUUUUCAGAAAAGUAUGGCACCGCUCUUGGCAAUAAAUUGGAUAUUUUCCUUCAAUUUGCAACGCUACCAGAUGACAUAUUUUUGUCUGAUGAAGAGGACAUUCACACUGCAUCUUUAGCUCUUAUACGUCUCCAGAAAUUGUACAAUCUAAGUGUUUCUGAUAUGAUUAAUGGAGAUUAUCUUGGAUUUAAGGGACCAUCACUCACCAGUUUAGAUGCCUUUGAAAUAGGAUUACAUGCCCUUGAAGAUAAGGACAUAAAUAAAAGCUUGGAAUGGUUGCAUGCUUCUUUAGCUACGCAAUCAGAUGGGACAUAUUCUCAAUGGAAAGGAGAAGAAAAACUGGACAUCGCUACAGUAAAAGCAAUAAUGGGACAUACAUAUUUAUACUUCGGCGAGGUUGAAGAAGCAGAGAGUCUGGACAAUGAAACAAAGACGUUAAAUACAAAUCACAGUCUUGUUCUGAGAGUUAAAAAUGCAUUGAGGAAAACUGAGACUGAAGAGGAUGGUGCAGAGUUGGAAGAAAGCAGUAUAUACUACGAUAACUACACGAAACUGUGUCGCCUUCAAAGUCAGUUGUAUGAGGAGCCCCCCAACGACGUCAGACUUGUGUGUAGAUACAGAGAAACUUUGUUACCAUAUUAUCGCUUCCAAGAGGAACUACUCUCUAUCUCUCCAUUUGUUUCACUGAUCUACAAGUUUACCACUGACGCCGAGAGUGAAUUCUUUAAAACUGCUGUCCGAAACAAGCUAGUAAGAGGUCGAACAUUCAAAGGUAAACAUCCUGGUGUGGUAUCGAAAGGAAGAACUGGACACAUUGCCUGGGUUGAUAACGAAGAUUCAGAACUUGCCAAUCAAGUAGCUGAAAAAAUAACCCAAGUAACUGGUUUGAAAGCAUCGAGGAUUGACUACUCUGCUGAAUCCUAUCAAGUGGUCAACUAUGGCUUAGCUGGACAUUAUUAUGUUCACAUGGACGCCAAACAGGAUACGUUUGAAAGAAUACUGACAUUUCUCAUUUAUCUGAGUGAUGUAGAAAUGGGCGGUAAUACAAUCUUUCCAAACGUCGGAAUCUCAGUAAGUCCACAAAAAAAUAUGGCUUUGUUGUGGUACAACUAUAACCCUGCACAUGAAUUGGAUAUUUUGACUGAACAUGCAGGAUGUCCUGUUUUAAAGGGGCAAAAGUGGAUUCUCACCAAGUGGAUAUUACCUGGUAAAAGUAAUAUAUUUAGAAGGCGGUGUGGUCUAAAACCAAAUCUUACACAACUAGACAUUGAGGACAAAAUGAGAAGGAAAUAUAGAACAUAGUUUAUUAGUGCAGAAAUUAUCACGUACGUCUUAAGAUGUGUCAAAAUAAACAUUUUGUUACAUAAUA